UUGCUGUUAACCAAGUUAAAAAGAAAAAGGAAAAAAUGACAGAGUACUCUCACGUAAAAUCAACCAAACUAGUUCUGAAAGGACUAAAGGACAAGAGUAAAAAGAAGAAACACAAAGACAAAAAGAGAAAGCGAGAUGACGAAGAAGAAAAAGUGGACAUUGUCGGGGCGUGGUGGGCUGUACGAAGUUUUGGAGAAAUCACAGGCACAGUUGCCAUAGAGAUGCACAACAGCUCCUACAUUCACGCGCUGGACACUGGAUUGUUCACUGUCGGCGCGCCCCACAAAGAUGAUGAGGGUCCUGAUCCUCCAGAGCAGUUCACCGCCAUCAAACUGUCAGACUCCAGGAUAGCACUGAAGUCAGGCUAUGGGAAGUAUUUGGGCAUAAACUCAGACGGAGCGGUGAUUGGACGAUCGGAUGCCAUUGGGUCCAGAGAACAAUGGGAGCCUGUGUUUCAGGACGGCAAAAUGGCUCUUCUUGCAGCAAAUAGCUGCUUUAUAUCCUACAGCGAGAGUGGAGACGUCGUGGCCAAAAGCAAGACAGCCGGGGAGGAGGAGAUGAUCAAGAUUCGCUCGUGUGCGGAGCGGGAGGUGAAGCAGAAAGAUGACAUUGCGGAUGAGGACAGAGGGAACGUGAAGAGCUGCGAGAUAAACUAUGUAAAGAAGUUCCAGAGUUUCCAGGACAGAAAGCUGAGGGUAAACGAGGAGGACAGUGGUGUUCUGAAAAAGGCAAGAUCUGAUGGGAAAUUCCAUGAAGCGCUGCUGGACAGGAGAUCGAAAAUGAAGGCUGACAGAUAUUGCAAGUGACGAGUUUUCAUUUCGUCAGGAUGGGAAUUUCGGAUGCAGUUGUAAUUCUGAAAGCGUGUCCUUUUAUAGAUUCGUGUUUGUAUUAAACUUUUUCUGUUCGUUAAUACAAACUGUUGGGGAUUUGUUUAUUCUUUCUUACUGUUUCUUUUGUAAUUUGUGUAGGUUGCCCACUGCUCCGGGUGUGUGUUCACUGCCUCCUAGUGUUGUGUGUGUGUGUG